AUGUGCUCCCAUGGCUGCCAGAUCUUACCACAGAUGCACGGCAAAGGAGGCCAGUGUUGGGAGUCAGGCUGGAUUCAUACGGGUAUACAACUGGAAGGGCUGGCUAGCAGUGUGACAGUGGCAGUGAAGGCCAGCAAAGUGAGUCCAAGUAGGAGCAUGCAGGUAUGCAGCAGAGGUGGGACAGCUGUAGGUAUCCCUCAGAUCUCUGCCCUCACCGUGUCUGUAUCCCAGCUGUCUGCCCACCUGGCAGUACAGUGCUACUACGCUUCAUCAAAAACUUGGGAUUUGGAUCCAAGUCACAACUAUAUAUUUGGGUUUCACCCCCACGGAGUGCUUGUUGCUGGAGCCUUUGGAAAUUUUUGUACGAAUCAUUCAGACUUCGAGGAGCUGUUUCCUGGCUUCACUGUGUAUCUUCACGGCAUAGAAAUCCAUAGUGCAGAUCCUGAUUUCACUGUCUGGAUCAAAAAGUGUCAAGAGGCUCAGAAUGGAUCACAGCCUGAGGUGUCUGAUUCUUAAAGGACUCAUCAGUCAAAAAUCAAGUAUGACUGGUAUCAAACAGAAUCUCAAGUAAUCAUUACACUUAUGAUCAAGAAUGUUCAGAAGAAUAAUGUAAAUGUGGAAUUUUCAGAAAAAGAGUUGUCUGCUUUGGUGAAACUUCCUUCUGGAGAGGAUUACAAUUUGAAACUGAGACUUCUUCAUCCUAUAAUACCAGAACAGAGCACAUUUAAAGUACUUUCGACAAAGAUUGAAAUUAAAAUGAAAAAGACAGAGGCUGUGAGAUGGGAAAAGCUAGAGGGGCAAGGAGAUGUGCCUAAACCAAAACAGUUCAUAGCAGAUGUAAAGAACUUAUAUCCAUCGUCAUCUCAUUAUACAAGAAAUUGGGAUAAAUUGGUUGGUGAGAUCAAAGAAGAAGAAAAAAAUGAGAAGUUGGAGGUAGAUGCAGCUUUAAACAAAUUAUUUCAGCAGAUCUAUUCAGAUGGUUCUGAUGAAGUGAAACGUGCCAUGAACAAAUCAUUUAUGGAGUCUGGUGGUACAGUUUUGAGUACCAACUGGUCUGAUGUAGGUAAAAGGAAAGUUGAAAUCAACCCUCCUGAUGAUAUGGACUGGAAAAAGUACUAAAUAAAUUAAUUUGCUAUCACUGUA